GGCAUAGGAGCAAACCGAGCUUUAUUCUGAAAGGAACACAAAUUGAAGAUCACCAAAUGUUUGGAGCAGUCCAGAUUUAACAGUGUAAAAAAACGGGUGACCGAGUCGGUACAUCAAGCCUGUCCAGAAUUUCAGUCAACUGGAAGACAACGAGACGGUAUUUUAUUCUCAAGAAAAUAAACUAACAGAUGUUGUGAAAUGGAAAUGACUGUCAACAUCUGUCCCCAAAUCUGUUCGAGCUGAAGGUGGAGCAGGAUUUUUCGCUGGGCUCUCUCUGUGAGGCUUCUGCUGUCUUCUGCUACGGAACGAGGAGGAUGGUCUUUGUCCUACAUGUGAUUGUCAUGUCUUCGGCGUUUUUCAAUCCCAGUUUUGCCUUCAGCUCCCACUUCGAUACAGAUGGGGCUCCGCUGAGCGAGCUGUCGUGGCCUUCAUCUCUGGCCGUGGUAGCUGUCUCCUUCUCUGGCCUCUUCACCUUCGUCUUCCUCAUGCUGGCCUGCCUCUGCUGCAAGAAGGGCGACAUUGGCUUCAAGGAGUUUGAAAACACUGAGGGAGAGGAGUACCAGGCAGAUCUCUCCCUGGCUUCGCCUUCCUCCCAGAAUGGCCCCGAGGUCUACAUCCUUCCCCUCACUGAGGUCUCCCUGCCUGUCUCCAAACAGCCUGGCAGAUCCAUCCAGCUGCUGAAAUCAUCAGACCUCGGCCGCCAUAGUCUACUCUAUCUAAAGGAGAUUGGACAUGGCUGGUUUGGCAAGGUUCUGUUAGGUGAGGUCAAUGCGGGCCUUAGCACCACCCAGGUGGUGGUGAAGGAGCUGAAGGCCAGUGCCAGUGUCCAGGAUCAGAUGCAGUUCCUGGAGGAGGUGCAGCCAUACCGAACCCUCCAGCACCCGGCCCUCCUGCAGUGCCUGGCUCAGUGCUCAGAGGUCACUCCUUAUCUGCUGGUCAUGGAGUUCUGCCCUCUGGGUGAUCUGAAGAGCUACCUUCGCAGUUGUCGGGUGGCUGACUCUGAGACUCCUGACCCUUUGAUCCUCCAGCGACUGGCAUGUGACAUUGCCUCGGGGCUUCUGCAACUCCACAAAUACAACUUCAUACACAGUGACCUGGCCUUGCGAAACUGCCUGCUAACUUCAGAAAUGUCAGUUAAGAUCGGAGACUAUGGCCUUUCUCAUAGCAGAUACAAGGAUGAUUAUUAUGUAACCCAGGACCAGAUUUGGGUGCCCCUGCGCUGGAUUGCACCUGAGCUCAUAGACGAAGUCCACGGAAACCUGCUGGUCGUUGACCAAACAAAAUCCAGUAACAUAUGGUCAUUGGGGGUGACUGUGUGGGAGCUGUUUGAGCUGGGAAACCAGCCGUACAGACACUACUCUGACAGACAGGUGCUGACAUAUGCUGUGAAGGAACAGCAGCUCAAACUACCCAAGCCCCUGCUCCAAUUCCCCCUGGAUGAGCGCUGGUACGAGGUGAUGCAGUUCUGCUGGCUACAGCCAGAGCUGAGGCCCAGCAGUGAGGAAGUCCACCUUCUGGUCACAUACCUGUGUGCCAAAGGCUCCAGUGAGGCUGAGGAAGACUUUGAACAACGUUGGAACACAUUAAGACCCAAUCUACUCGGCAGCACCUCCCAUACAGUAACAUCCACAGCCCUAGCCUUGACCCCUACCCCCCCCUCGGCUGACGUCCCCAGUCCAGACCAAACUCAAGCAGUGGAGCUGGCCUCCUCUGCUUCGUCCUCCUUCCCCCUCCUGGAGCACUUCUCUGACAGUUUCCACUCUGACACAGGGGACGACCUGCUGACCGUCACAGAGACCAGCCAUGGUUUGAACUUUGAGUACAAGUGGGAGCAGGCCCGAGCGGAGCAGCCCUACUGCUCCUCCUCCACCAGUGGCCCACUCGGCCAGGGAAACCCAUAUUACCAAGAUAUCUACUAUUCAAGUAAAGGAAGCACCUCAGAGGGCUGCAAGAGUGAGAGCCUGGCCUCAGGCUUAUCCCCAUCCUAUUAUGAACCUGAACACCCUGGUGUGGUCCCAGUGUUGAGUGCACACAGCCCCUCUGUCAGCAGCGAGUACUACAUUCGCAUAGAGGAACCUGUAGAGUGUAACAUUAACCUGGAUGAUGAUAGCAUUGUGGACUACAGCCCAGAACUGGCGGCCAGCAGCAGAAGGUUGUCCUCCGAGAGCAGGACUGGUUCAUCCAUGGCGCAGCCCAGUGCUUACUGGUCAACUGACAACAACAGAUCUUCUGCCUGUGACUCUGAUUCAAGCCCCACUGUCCAACUCACCAUGGAGCCACUGCUGAGGCAGUCAUCCAGCACCAGCCAUGUAAAGCUAGGCAACUUGCACAACUGCUUCUCAUCCAGCCAGGACGACACAGGCUUCUGUGAAGAGUCAUCAGCAUACAAGGCACGCCAGCCCUGUCUGUCUGAACUUGAAACAUCGCCAAAGCCCAGAUCAAACUUUCUUCAGCCAGACGGGCGCUUAGAUAACCCACGCAGUUUGUCACAAGCUGUCAGCAGCCCCAGCUUAGGGUUCUGCGAUCCCUACCUUGAAGCGAGCACAGGUCGGAGCACCGUCAAUGAAAGCUGCCAUAACAUGAUGGGUCCCCUCAGAAAGACACUACCCAUUGUGAACCACAUUAGCAUUGAUGUAGGGACUGACGACGGCCUGCUGGUGGGCCAGCAUAGAAGCGACGACAUUGAGGAUGACCUUUUUUCUGAAGGAGAGGCCACCAACUGGACAUCAAAUCAUUCAGCAAACAAUAAUAGCCUGAGCUUUGACGUCAGGCAGACAGGCAGUGGGCAAGACAGCUAUCUUGACCUUCAAUAUGCUGGUCACCCUAACACUACAGAAUCAUGGUCUUUAACCAAGGCCACCACCAGAACCUUCCACAGCUCCAGAGCGUGUGGCACCUUGGAGGCAAGAGGAGACUCUGGUUGUAACGCUGCUAGCAAGUCCACGGAAUUAGGUUCAUACAUUCACUUAUGGCACAAAGAAAGUGACGAAGCUGUCACUCAAGCGGAAAGGAACUCAACUGCAGAAAAUCUGAGAAGUAUUGAUUCGUUUAACAGCUCAAGUAUUAACGCCAGAGGUACAGAGGGUGGAACAAUGGAGGGGAAAUAUGAAAAGCAACUGUUGCAUAAUGGCGAGAGACAGUACUCUGAGCCUAGGAUGAUCCCUGAGCCAUGUAUUAUAAAGUCUCCAUCCACGUUCAAAGAGCCACAGAACGGUCAAACAGCAGCUUUCUCAGACAAGCAGAGAGGUACCACGUGGGAGGGGGUUUCAACAGGAAUCUCUGUUGGUCUAGUAGACAAGAGGCUAAACUAUCCAGAGACAUUGGAAAGUAGCGGAGCGUUGGACAGUGGAGUGGGGGUCAGAGACUCCAGUUUUAACUUGGUUGAGCUUGGUGACUACAGUGAAGAUGAUGAUGAUGACAUCACAGAUAUUACCUCGGGGAUCUUUGCUGACUUCAACCUGGAUUAUGCUGAAGUAGAGGAGGAAGAGCUAAGCCCAAUGAAGCACUUAGAGGGAACUCCUGACUCUGCAGACACACUUAACCUCUCCUCGUCGAUGGUAAGCUCCUGUGAUCAGUCCUUCAGCCCCGACCCCUUCAAUACCCCUGUCCUACCCAAAUCCCUAGACAGCGGCUAUGACACGGAAAACAACGAAUCUCCAGAGUUUUUCUUCAAAGAGCUUGGAGAUCCCCAUGGGGUUGAGAGAGGUGGUGAGCCUGAACUUGUUCUGCAGGUUGGUUUGGGUCAAGGGGUCUGCACUUCCAAAAGCACCUCCGAGCUACAGUUUAAGGGCCUGACUGAUAAGAACCCAUACAGGGACUCAGCCUAUUUCUCUGACUAUGAUGCUGAGAAUGAGAGGAGCCCUCAAGAGGAAGGCAGUAAGUUCUUUGCAGGUCCGAAAAACUGUGACUUUCACACUGAGAAAUUGAGCUCCAUAAGAGUUGAUGAUUUUGUCAAAAGGCAAUUUAACCAGGACAAUUUGACAAACCUAAAACACAUCAGGCAUUGUGCGCUGGAGAAUCUCUCCGAGGGGAAAGCUAGUUCACAUCAUCCCCUCCCUACCCCUGGUGUGUCAAUGCUGUCACCCUAUCCUCCUCAGAUGGGCGGUUGCCUGACUAAAGAGUCUGCCCCUGCAGAGGAGGACCUCGGGUUGCAUACGGAACACUCAGAAGACCCUUCCUCAGAGCUUAACUACUCCAUCGCGUCUGAAGCCUCUUCUAAUGUCCAAGAGGCCUCGGGACACCAUGAGGAGGGGAACAGAAGAGCAGAAGAUUGUUCCCCUCUUCAGUCUUUGCUUUCCGACUCCACUUUAUCUGACUAUAGAGACGAGGCCCACAAAGAAAAUGAAAACGGUGAUGGAUCCACAGAGGAAGAGCUGCCUGAAUUCAAUCAUGUCAAGGAAGAGACGGAGGACAGAAGGGAGGGUGUGACGAUCAAUGAGGAAGAUUUUGAGGACAUAGACGCAGGGGAAUGUGACUCACAGGAAAGCGUAUGUGAAGAAUCCAUCGGCCCCGUCAACCUGUCCACUUCCUCGUCAUUGUUGGAGUUGUGCGGAGAAGAUGUGAGGGCUCCGCUGGAGGAGGCAGAGGAUGAAGAUGACUCGGAUGACAGUGAGUCUGAUGAAGAGUUGAGGACCUAUAACAUCCAAGAUGAAGACAGUGAGGAGAGUGAUGAUGAUUUCAGCACAGUGCCAGUAGUAAUAAGCGACUGCAGCAGGGCGCGACACCUCCGCAGCCUCCUGAAAAUGCCCGGCCUGCUCACCCAGUCCUUCUGUGACGAGUUGGAGAGGAAGAAAAAAGCUGUGUCCUUUUUUGAUGAUGUCACAGUGUUCCUUUUUGACCAGGAAAGCCCCACGGGAGAGCUGGUUGACUUCGCCUUCUCUACAGACACGGAGACCAGUGCACAGGAAUCUGGAGAGGAAAAAAACAAUGAUUCCCAACAGCAACUCAACCCUGGACUUGAAGCUCAAUCGUGUGAAUCAUUCUGUGUUUCUGAAGAAACAGAUGGGAACAACUCCGAAGAGGGUGGGGGAUAUGAAUGGGAAGAUGACCUCUUGUUGGAGCCCCGCCCGUCCUCACCUGAGACCCUCCCUGAACCCAAGUCUUCACCCACAUGCACCUCCAACAGUCCCGAGGCUCCUAAACCUGCAGCUGUAGCACUUAACCGUUUCAUGGUCUCACGAUUCUCCAUCACACAUGUCUCGGACCCCCACAUGGGCUCAGUAACAGGGAACAUUGAAGAUAGCCCAAAACAUUGAGGGCCCCAUCAUCUUGACGGGAGGAGGACGAGUCCUUCUCAACACGGAAAAGCAGUAUUAUUAUAUUUAGAUGUUUUACAGAGUUUUAUUUUGUAUCAACGUUUGGGGCAUCUGGCUCUGGUGCCCCGUUAUGAGACAGUGCCUCAUAUUGUAGUGACAGACCCUCAGUUAUUUGCACCUUUUCGUUUUUUAAUUUGUGGGAAAAGUGAUGCUGCUGGUAAGGCAACCUGAGUGAGACAACCAAGAGUGGAUACAAAGUCAGAUCAUAUUGUUUGAAGAAAAAUUAAUCAUCAAUAUACUUCUUUAUCGUAAAUGACAAAAACAUAUUUGCUUGAUGCAGCAUCGUUUUUUGUUGGUAACCUUACAGUAAAGGUAAAUGAAAUUUAAAAUAAAAUAAAUACACAGGGAGAAAAAAAUGAAUUGAAAGGCUUAUAUCUGCUCCUCUCAUUGGCUGCCUUCUUCUAUCUGCUUACCAUUGAUCCAGAUGUUUUAAAGACUGUACAGCUCUCAUUGUUAGAGCUAGAGAACACUGCUUGAUGAUUGUUGCAUAACAAGCGAUCGUUGAUAUCCAAACAGAAGAUCAGACCUUUUAGGAGUGGGCGGUGGUGUUUGAAGACGGAAGUGCUGAAACUAAAUGUAUCCCUUAAUCCAAGUCAUAUCCGUAUCAUAUUGACGGGGGAUUCAGUGCGCUAUGUUAAUGGGAACAUACAGAAAGAAAUGAAGGUGAUGUCAUUCCCUUAUCACCAUCACUUAUUCUGGUAAUGAUAACCUACAAUAUUAUGUCUACAGUGACCAUAUCUGUCUGAAGUACUUUCAUAUAUUUGUAGAAGUGAUGGCUCUGUCUUCAUCUCCCCAACCUUGAAUGAAAUAUCUAAACAUGUGAGGUUUUCUUAUGUGUGUCCACAGUGCCAGCUAUAGAUUCACUUUAUUUUGUUGCAUAUUAGCUAUGUUUAUAUGACAUGCCAUCAGCAAUAGAAGGACACCAAAAGGAAGGGUGUUUUAACACAAUUUAGCGGUGUCAUGCUAAUAUGCCAGUCAUAAAUGUUGAAUGUCAUCUUUAUGCAUAUUUUCUACGUCUACGUCUUGUCAUACAUAAUCUAUUCUAUUACAUUUGUGCUGAAUGCCAGAGUCUGGGGUAUACAAAAAAAGGACAUUCAAAAAUAUGACAAAUCUCACAUAUUGUAUGAAUGUUUUAUCAAUAUGUAGCAGGUAGCUUGACUUGAAUUACUACUGCUGUAUCGACAGCUCCCUCCCCCUCUCUAUUGUGCUGUAGCUCAAAGUGCCAAUUCAGUUUCCCCUCACUUUGCCUUUUAAGUUUCGCAAAAGAGAAAAUGCAGCUAGUAUUUUUGUACAAUUUCAAAAGAUGCAAUCCAGGAUAUCCAUCUCUACAAUUUGCCAAAGAGAUAUUACCGAGCCUAUUGGCUAAAGUGGCAGACACCUUUGGAGAAGGUGAUGUGGGUUGCUCUAUGCACCAGUAGUAACAUCAUUGCUGUUCCACCCCCCCCCACCCCCCUCACUCAUCGCUACUGUACUAUCCCAAACAAAUAAAUCCAAAUACUUUUUCCCUU